UCCACAGUCCGGUAUAUUGGGGCGACCUUCCAGCUCGACUGCGCGAUAGACUCAGCGAGUAAUCGGGAUAACUGAUACGUUGUCUAAGAUUUUUCUGUCGUAGGCUAUGUCGGCUCCAGAUUAGAUGACGUUGUGGACGCAUGCUGAAUCUAGCAACACAGUAGCAAGCAUUCCGCCGCGGAAAACCGUCGCCAUCCCGGAGUUGUGGCGGUUUUGCUCUGCAGUACAGGUAUAAGGGGCAUUGAGGUAUUGCGACUGUCAACAACGGGGUUUGGCUCGAUUCAGGAAAACAAGGCAAUUGUCUUCGCCCUUCCGGUGUGCUCCACAUUCGAGGACUGACAGUCAAACGCCAAAGCGCAUCUUCAGCUAAGACAAAGUCGAGCUGUGAUCCAAGACAUUUCAGCAGGUUGACUUUCGAGAUGGCCGAUAUGAAGUUGGCAGCUGUCCUCGUGACGACAACCUCUUUGCUCGUGCACAUUCGAGACCCAGACCUGACAUCCGACUUCGCAGUUUCACCAGGAACGAAUGCUUCUGCUCUCAGAGAAAUCUCAGAGACUCAGUUGCUGCUGACGGCUCCUUCACAUCCACGACCGUCUCCACCUUAAUUUCCCCGCCCAAUCCGGUAUCGGC